UCCUCCCUAGUGCAGUUAGCUGAAUGCGCUCGUUGUGAGAUGACAGUGUCAUUCAAAUUAUAAGACUGUUGUGUAUUCGCACAAACAUUAAAAGCAUUUUGAGGUACAGCAUAUAAGUAAACGUAAUCCAUGCCUAUUGCUGCUGUAAUGUAAAGAUGGCGAGGCUGCUUCGCAACGUACUGCUGUUUACAGUCAGAGUGACGCUAAAGAUCAGAGUCCUUGGCUUCUGGGCACUGGUUUACAGUUGUUGCGCUUUCUACACUUGUAUAGUGCUGCUAAAACUUUUGUGGAGCAUAAUAAGAAGGCCGUUAAAAACAUUCCAGUGGGUAAUCCGAGAAACCCCCCCUGCCUGCUUGAACGACACGUCCUUGGGAACGCACUGUUAUGUUAGAAUUAAGGAAUCCGGGUUGAGAUUCCAUUAUGUAGCUGCUGGUGAAAAGGGCAAACCUCUGAUGCUGUUUCUCCAUGGAUUCCCAGAGUUCUGGUUUUCAUGGCGUCACCAGCUGCGAGAGUUCAAGACUGAGUUUCGAGUUGUAGCUGUGGAUAUGCGGGGGUACGGGGAGUCAGAUGUACCGGCUGGGAGAGAGCACUACAGGCUCGACUAUCUUGUGACUGAUGUCAAGGAUAUUGUGGAGUACCUGGGUUACAGCAGGUGUUACCUGGUUGGUCAUGACUGGGGUGGUAUGAUUGCCUGGUUAUUUGCUAUCCAUUAUCCAGAGAUGGUGAAUAAAUUGAUUGUUUUAAAUUGUCCUCAUCCUACUGUUUUCACUGAUUACACUCUGCGCCAUCCCUCCCAGUUGGUGAAGUCUAGUUACUUCUUCUUUUUCCAGCUGUCACGGUUUCCUGAAUUCAUGUUUACGAUCGAUGAUUUUAAGGCUAUAAAAUACUUGUUUACUAGUCAGACCACAGGGAUUGGGAGGAAAGGCUGCCAGCUGACGUCUGAAGAUAUCGAUGCUUACAUGUAUGUGUUCUCCCAGCCAGGCGCUCUCACAGGGCCACUCAACUACUACAGAAAUGCUUUCAGUUUUCUGCCUUUGAAACAAGAAGAGGUGAAAUCGCCAGUUUUACUUCUUUGGGGAGAAAGGGAUGCAUUUUUGGAACAGGAGAUGGUGGAAAUAUCAAGAUUAUACAUAAAAAAUCACUUCAGACUGAAUAUUAUUUCUGGAGCUAGCCACUGGCUUCAACAAGAUCAGCCAGACAUUGUGAACACAUUAAUAUGGACGUUUCUGAAAGAAGGAGAGUCAAGGGAAAACUACAGGAACUGAUUACUGUAUGUGCUGCUGCGGAAUACUUGGAAUUGCCUGUGAAAAUGUUUAAAUGAAUCAUUAUCGUUUUAUUUGUAUACAUUUUAACUAUUUCUUUUUUUAAGCAAUGUGAAAUUCAGUAAGCACAUUUUGGCAAAGUAACUGAAAAAUGAAACAGUUUUUGUUAAUGUUAUUUUUGCACCUAACAUUAGCCUUAGUAUUGGGGAUACGGUGACCUUGUGAUUGGUAUUGUGUGGUGCCUUUGAAUAAUGUAUUAAUGUGAAGAAUAAAAGUGUGCCAUUUUUACAACAAUUUAAAUGCUUGAUAGCUGUCACAAAAAUGCACAUUUUGUAUAAUUAAAACCGCCCUUUGUAAAAUUGACAGUGUGUUCUCUUGAAAAGAUAUUGUUCUUCAUAGUUGUAUUUUUGACAGCUGCUCCGACAUAUAAGAAUGUUGUUCUCUUUAUCUUUCAAUAUAAAGUAAUGGUUAAGUAUUGUUAGAAUUUUGUAUGUCUUGUCUUACACAUGCAUCUAUUGAUUCAUCAAUACAAAUCCAAACCAUUCAUUUUUUAAAAGCAAAUAAACA